UCGAGUAUUGGUUUUUUCUCAUCACUCAUCACCAUCAUCAUCUCAACCAACCAAAGCAUCUAUACUUCAGUAUACAGCUCAUUCUUUAUAACACUACUUUCCAAACUUCUAUCUUCUCAAACGCUCUCCCUCAUUCAAAAUGAAGUUCUCAUCUAUCUUCUCCGUCUUCCUUGCCGGUCUGGCUGUUGCUAGUCCUCUAGGAAAGCCCCAGAGCAGCGAAGACCUCGCUGUUCGCGAGGCCGAGAUCGAGAUCGAGAGCAACUUGAUCACCCGUGCGGAUGACAAGAUCAGCGCAGAGUAUAACAAAGUCCACGCUGCUAAGAGCUCCAUCGCCAACGGAAAGUACUAUGCAUUCACCGUCAAAUGGCCUCUCGGUGAUGGUACCAACAUCGACUCCGAGACUCCUGCUGAGAUCCAAGAGUUGCAGAAGAAGCUUGGCUUCAAGCACGUCGGUGUGAUUAUUGGAAAGGUCAAGGACGUUGAGACUGGCAAGGGCAAGAACAAGCACCACGAGAAGGACUUCAGUGGCCAGCUCUUCCACCUGAUCAAGAAGGCCGAUGGCUCUGCCCAGCUCGACUCUCCCCGCAACUACAAGCUCUCUGGACAGACUGCAGGUCUCUUCAAGAACGGCCAACUCAGCUUCCUCAAGGAGGUCUCUGCUAAGACCUUCUCUGAUGCCAAGAAGACUGCCGACAAGUACUUCGCCGUCCCCGGCCACGACAAGUACUCUGUCGACAACAACAACUGCGACUCCUUCGCCAAGACUUUCGCUGCUGAGUUGUAAGAAGUUACAGCAGUUUGACGGCACAAAACAUAGCGCUGUGAAGUCUAGACCAGCGGCUCUGGCUUGGGAUUAACUUCGAAAAGUAGAAGUGACGGCUUUCGGCAGUCAUUUCACCCAUUCGCUACGGUGAUGAAGAACAUACAGGGGCUUUGUACAUAAAUAUUCCGAAAUUGUUGUAUUAUUACAAACUGGGGGGUACCAUAGAUCGGUUUUCAAGCAUAUAACAAUAGAUUCAACGUUUCACUACAGCAAAAAGGACCAAU